AAACAAUCCUCUUAUACACCCUCUUCUUCUUUUCAUUUCUUCCUUAACAUGUCAAUCAAAUCUUGCAUUUUCCUUUUUAUUUUGUGCCUUUCUUUGUAUGAAUGUCACGGCCUUCGUCCCACUGUUUUUGAGAAAAAUUCCAUUAACAAGCAGAAGAACGUGAAGAUUUCAGAUGUAGUACCAAUGAUGAAGAAACCGAUGCUGUCGAAAGAAGGUGGAUUUCCAAAAGAAGAAAGCGCUAAGGACAAGGUUAAUCAUAAGCUAAAAGAUGGAAAGGCCAAAGUACAGAGCGCAAAAGCCCUCACUUCUUCUUCUCAAAUAACGGAGUCUCCUCUUGGUUCAGUUUCAUGGCGCGUGCCCCAUCACGAGGAACACGACGAGCAAAAUCCUGGCUUCAACGUGGAUUACUCAUCCCCAAAAACGCAUCCUCCUUCUCACAACUGAAACCUAACCUACGGUAAUAUAUCUAUAUAUAUAUAUAUAUAGUAGCUAGCUCUUAUUAUUUCGUCUAGACUGAGAUAUAAAGAGUCGCAUAUAUAUGCAAGGGCCUCAUGAAAACUGUUGUCCAUAAUUUUCAGCAGAGCCAUAACAAUAUUAAUAUAUCGACCAUGUCCAUGACUAAUUAAUUAUUAUAACAUAUAUAUAAAGAGACAGUGAGAGAGAGAGCUGAGCUAUUUAGAUGAAUUUAUUGUGAGUUUUAAAUCCUUCUCCUAUAUAUUUAAUGUACAACAAAAUAUAUAUGUAAUUUCUCACUGAUGAGAAUGAGAAUUAUUUUCUAGACAAUAUUAUAUAUUUGUUCUUCGUCUCCACCAUUAAUCUAUCCUUUUUUCUUUUUUCAUUUUUUCUGACUUAGAGUUUUGAGAAAUUAAUUAAUAACUUAAUU